UAUUUAGCCGUUCCAUUUUAUCUACAGGUAAAGUGAAACGUUAUGAUAGGGACAUCCAGCGAGGCGAACGGACCCGGCGGCACGGUGGGCGAAUCCAACCAGCGGCGGCACGACGAACGGCGACGAGGGCAUGAAUGGUAUUUCAACGGAUCGAAGGUGACGGAUGCUUGCUCGCUUCCAUUCCUGCUGCUUGUAUGCGCACAGGCGCAGACCGCUCCCGUCGCUUUCGAGCGCGUGUGACCCGCCUCCCACUCCCUCGGCCUCGCUCCCCUCCCCUCCCCUCCCCUCCCCUCACCACCAAGAAGCAAGAACCCGCCAAGAUUCGCUCGCCCGCCGGCUCGCCGGGCAUGGCCAGAUCGGCACCGGGGCCGCCGCAGUACUACAACGCCGCGCGCGCCGGCUCCUCCUCGUCCGCAGCGGCGUCCUGCGUCGUGGCGCUGCUCUUCCUCCUCCUCGCGGCCGGCGGCGCGGCGGCGGCGCUGUUCCUCCUCUUCCGGGCCCGCGCGCCGACCAUCGCCGUGACGGCCGUGCAGCUGCCCGCCUUCGCCGUGGCCAACGGCACCGUCGCCUUCACCUUCCAGCAGCUCGCCUCCGUGCGCAAUCCCAACCGCUCCCCGCUCGCGCACUACGACAGCUCCCUCCACGUCGCCUACGCCGGCGGCGAGGUCGGCUCCAUGUACAUCCCCGCGGGCCAGAUCGACGGCGGCCGCACGCAGUACAUGGCCACCAGCUUCACCAUCCCCGCCUUCGCCGUCUCCGGCCCCUCCUCCGCGCAGCCGGCCACCAUCUCCGUCCCCGCCUCCGGCCCCUCCCCGGCCGUCGUGGCGCUGGUGGAACAGCAGGCGCUGCCGGUGAUGGAGGUGGACUCGCUGCUGGUGGUGAAGGGGAAGGUCACCGUGCUGCGGGUGUUCACCCACCACGUCGAGGCCGCCAAGGUGUGCCGCAUUGGCGUCUCGCCCGCUGACGGCCGCGUGCUCGGCUUCCGCUGCUGACCGCCGAAGCUCACUACUACUGCUGGGCCAAGAUCUGACAGUCUCAUCAGUCGGGUUGGUAGCACUCGGAAUAUCAAAUUACUAAUUUCUUGGAUUCGAUUCAGUCAGUGUCAAUUGUAAGAUAAUGUUGUUUGAUUUGUAAAUUAGAAAUGUUGCUGCAGAAUGCAAGACGAGAUGUCUCUUGCAAAAUGCAGUUGAGAAGUUCUUGCCAAGUCUUGAGAUGCAGCUAUUUUGGGUGAUUAAGGCGAGCAUAUUCUCCGAUCA